CUUGCUUAGAAACUUCUCUCCUCUCUUUUCUUUUUGAGUAGGUUCCAGAGUUGGCGGAGCGUCAAGUCUUCAGAGUUCUGCUUCUAGUUCAAACCCCCAGGAAAAGAGUAUACGUCGUGCGGAGCAAGCAUUUGAGAAAAGCAAUAGUUCCGGACAGAUAGGUGGUGGUUCGAGGAAUCCAGAGUCGAUAUUUCCAGCUGCUAUCGGAAGUCCCGUUUCUUUAAUUGGGAAGGCUACAUGGUUCGACUUCAAGGGAGCCUCGGCCCCUAUGGCGAGUAUAUAUGCUCAUUAUGUGCUGGUGCACAAUUUUCCCGUGCCUUCAGAGUUGAAAGAUUACUAUAAGGAGAUUGUGGAGGAGUAUGGCCAUGUAGCGAGCACGGAGAUUCUUGCUGAUGGAAACAACCUUGUUCCUAGCGUUUCCGCCCUGGUUUCUGCCGAAAAAGAGAUGGUUGAAAUGGGUGAUGGGUGUCCUCCCUCUAGCACUUUGGAGAUAUGGAGAAGUAGUUUUGUGAUUCCGCAACUGCUGAAGUUCAACAUGGUUUGGAUUGAGGAGAUGUACAAAGGGAUGGAUGAGAUAAGGGCGGGUCGGCAGUUAGUGCUUCCUGGUGAUAUUACAAGUUUGAAGGAGGAAGUUAAGGCAGAGACCCAAAAGUUGAAAGAGCAACAAAAGGAGCAAAUCCGGAUAACUGCCGAGGCUUCCAAGAUUGGUGCUGAGAUUGCGACAAUCUCGACAAGGUUGUAGUUGAAGCAGAAGGAUUUGGCGGAUAAGGAGGCGGAACUAGCUAGUUUUGAAUGAUUGUUUUUGGUUGUUGUUUUAUUUAUUUAUUUAUUUAUUAUGUUUUGGAGUUCAUUUCAGAUAUUGGUGUCCUUGUUGUCGGUGGUAUAUUUUGGUUUAUGGGGUGCUAAUUUGAUGUUUUUAUUG